AAAAAACCCAGACCGAAUUUUAGCAAAAACCUCAACCGGCAUUAGUUCCUUCCCUCUUUAUUAUUAUUAUUUUUUUGUAAAAAUAUCCCCUCAGCUAAAUCCAAAUUUAUCAUUUUAUAGCUACUCUCUCCAAGUUCACAACUCUUUACUUUGCUCUAGAAAGAAAAAGAAACAAUCUAUUCUAGGGUUUUAAACAGUGAAUCUUUCCUUCUUAAUUUGAUAGGGGACUAUGUGAGAUAUCCUGUCACUCCUUAAUUAGGAAAGAGCACCAUAAUAAUAAUAGUUUAGCAAUAUGGCAACGGAAAGUCCACUUAGAAUGCCCUCGCACAAGGAGCCAGCAACCUUUGCACCACCAACUCCUAAUAUGGCAGUGGAGGAGUUGGGAUUUCCUAGAAAGGGUCAAAGAUUCCAUGGAAGUGGGAGAGACACAGUCCCUAAUCGAAGUGGAAGUGCACCCCCAAAUAUGGAAGGCUCCAUUUUGGCCAUAAACAACCUCAUUUUCCACCAAAAUUCCAACCUUAAUCCUAGGUUGGGGCGUUCAAAUGAUGCUCUUCAAGAGUUUGACUCAGAGAAGCAGUCAUAUGUAUCUUAUUAUGGUACUGGUGCCAACCCAAACACCUCACCCAUCCCAAGGGAGAAUCAGCUUGCAGAACACCAUGCUGUUAAGUUUGGUACUAAUUGGGGAUUGACUCCAAUAGAUGACAGCAGUAACAGUUUCUUGCAUUUGUCGCAAGGAGUACUUUCUACACACAAGGAAGAGUUGGAGGAUGAUCACUCACCCAAGCAGCCCGUGGAAAGUUUAGUCAACACAACAAAUGGGUUUUGGUCUGGUGAGGCUGCUGCUUCAUUGGCAGGCCAAUCCAAAAGCUUGGUUGAUUUAAUUCAGGAGGAUUUCCCCCGCACUCCAUCUCCUGUAUAUAACCAGUCUCGCUCCUUAAGCUCUGGAAUGACAGAUGAACCUGCUGAUCAUGAUAUUGUUUCUAGUUCCUUGCCUGACCCCACUGUUAGCACAUCCAAUGCUGUUCCAUCAAUUCUAGGUACAAAAACUGUGGGGCUACCUUUGAAUGCUGAUCCCCUAGUUGCUCCUGUUUCAAGCUCAUUGUCUCGUAAUCGUACAGGAACCAUACAACCCAAACCACCUCGUAGCAAAGGAUUUUUAAAUACUGCAGACGUCAACGUUAUUGAACCUGGAAUGAAGGAUCUUAAUAUAUCUAACCUUCAGAAUCCCAAGGUGCAAACAAAUCAAGAGCAGUGGCAACACAGCUACCAAAGCCAAGUGCAGCAACACCAAGUCCACCAACAGCCGAACAAUUCAUUUCAAGUUCAAAGUGCCAAGUCUCAAAUGGGUCAUCAAAAUUCUGCAUACAUUGAUGUGGACCAAGCUCUCCAUGGGCCAUCAAAGUUCUCAGCGGAGGUGCAGCCGGUAUUGCAGUCAUCUGGGUUCACACCUCCUCUUUAUGCAACAGCUGGCUACAUGACUUCACCAAAUCCAUUUUACCCAAAUCUACAGGCUCCAGGAUUAUGUGCUCCACAAUAUGGCACAGGGGGGUAUGCUCUGAAUUCAAAUGUUAUUCCUCCGUAUGUUGCUGGAUACCCCCCUCAUGGUACAGUUCCAAUGGUUUUUGAUGGCUCCGUUAGUCAAAACUUUAAUGCCGGAAUGUCUGGGGCUUCAAGCGGGGGAGGCAUUGCCCACGGAGCUGAUGUGCAACACUAUAACAAGUUCUUUGGGCAGCUUGGGUAUGCAGUUCAACCUUCAUUUACUGAUCCUGUAUAUAUGCAAUACUAUCAACAGCCUUAUGGACUGGCAUAUAAUACGUCUAGUCAAUUUGAUCCAUUGGCAUCUGGAGGUGGUGUUAUUGGGAGACAAAACAAUGCUCCUGACUCAAAGAAAGGAUCUGAGGUUGCUGCUGGCUUGGAGGAUCAGAAAUUGCUUCACCAGAGAGGUGGAGCAGGUAAUCUGAAUCAAGGUAGAGGGCAGAUGAUGAAUCUUCCCUAUUUUGGAAAUUCUCCAAACAUGGGUAUAUUGCAGUACCCCACAUCACCACUUGCUAGCCCUGUUUUUCCAGGAUCCCCAGUGGGGGGCACUGGUAUUUCUGGAGGGAGAAAUGAAUUGAGGUUCUCGCCAGGCAGUGGAAGAUAUGCGGCUGUACAUUCUGGUUGGCGAGGUCAAAGAGGAUCAGAGAGUUUUAAUGACCCUAAAAUAUAUAAUUUUCUUGAGGAGUUGAAAUCUGGCAAAGGCCGCAGAUUUGAGUUGUCUGAUAUUGUAGGGAACAUUAUUGAAUUUAGUGCUGAUCAACAUGGUAGCCGAUUUAUUCAGCAGAAGUUAGAGAAUUGCAAUGCUGAAGAGAAGGCAUCUGUAUUUAAAGAAGUUCUUCCUUAUGCUUCCAAAUUAAUGACUGAUGUUUUUGGCAACUAUGUUAUUCAGAAAUUUUUUGAGUAUGGAAGCACUGAGCAGAGGAAGGAACUUGCUAUUCAGCUUACUGGUCAGAUUUUACAUCUAAGUUUGCAGAUGUAUGGCUGUCGGGUAAUCCAAAAGGCACUUGAUGUGAUUGAACUUGAUCAAAAAGCACAGCUUGUUCGUGAAUUGGAUGGACAUGUUAUGAAGUGUGUACGUGAUCAGAAUGGUAAUCAUGUCAUACAGAAGUGCAUUGAGAGUGUUCCGGCAGAAAAAAUUGGAUUUAUAAUCUCUGCCUUCCGUGGUGAAGUUGCAACACUUUCCAUGCAUCCUUAUGGUUGCCGUGUCAUACAGAGAGUUCUAGAGCGUUGUGCGGAUGAGCUGCAAUGUCAGUUCAUAGUGGAUGAGAUCUUGGAGUCUGUAUGCAUUCUUGCGCAAGACCAGUAUGGAAAUUAUGUUACUCAGCAUGUAUUGGAGAGGGGAAAACCUCAAGAAAGAUGCCAAAUUAUUAGCAAAUUGUCGGGGCAUAUUGUUACACUCAGCCAGCAUAAGUUUGCGUCCAAUGUUGUUGAGAAAUGUUUGGAGUAUGGUGGUGCCACUGAGCGGGAAAUAAUAAUUCAGGAGAUUCUUGGACAAAAUGAAGGAAACGAUAAUCUAUUGAUAAUGAUGAAGGACCAAUAUGCAAAUUAUGUGGUCCAGAAGAUUCUUGACACUUGUACUGAUAUUCAGCGGGCAAUGUUGCUUAAUCGUAUAAGAACACAUGUGCAUGCUCUGAAGAAAUAUACUUAUGGGAAGCACAUUGUUGCUAGGUUUGAACAGCAAUUUGGUGAAGAGGGACAAACAUCAUGAUAUGACGCAGAUGCACUGUCGUGGAUUGUCUAGUACUAGCGCAGCUGCAACAUGUGACAACCUCACAGCUGAUCCCAUUCUUCCAACAUUUGCAGAAGUAGCAUGGGACAUGCAACAACCAUAUCAUGCAAGCAAUCUUUGACUUGAUCAUGUUAAGAAUACAUGAAUGCCUCAGGAAGCUUCCACCAUUAGGAACAGGGUUGGAAUUGUAAAGUCAGUAAACGUGUGCCAUCAAACGGUUUGUAUUUAUGUUCUGUAGUUCAACAAUUUGGACCCAAAGGAAAAGGAGCAUCAGUAGGACAACAGUUUAGAUUGCAACAGAUUCGAAGGGAAUGAAUUAUUUGGAAGGAAAAGCUUCCUGAUGGCAAACGCUGUAAAAUCAUCUGUUGGGUUUGUUUUUGUUUGGUGACUGGCUUUCCUUUAUAAAAGUUGGAAAAUAUAGCAA